UUUUUCUCUCUUUUUUUUUCUUUAUUGUUUCUUAUUAUGCCCGGCUUUAAACUAGACGUGCCAAUUGAUUUGUCUGAACAAACAACAGAUAAACUUGAUUUAUCGAAAAAGAUUCUCCAUUUGAUUACAGGCGCUACAACAAUAUUAACUAUAUGCGUUGAUGCUCCGUUGAUAGCCACAGAAGCGCGCUAUUUGGGCGCAGGCAGACCAGGACCUAACUAUACACUCUUUGUGGCUUUGUUUACAAUUGCCACUCCUUUUUUGCUGGUCUAUUUCCCUUACAUGUAUGAACAUCACAACAAGUUCAAGAAAUUUGGUAAAUUCUGUAUGAAGAACAGAACCAACUUGAUCUUUUGUGGUUUUAAUUCCUUCCUUUGGGCUACUGCUGGUAUUGCUAUUACUGUUCAUUCCAAUGACGACAGUAAUUGUGCUUAUGAUGCCGAUUUAACCGAAGCCUAUGGCUCUGCUUACACUAGUGCUUGGGCAACACAGUGUAAUUUGGCUAAAGUUUCUGCCGCGUUUACUUGGAUUACCUGUAUUUUAUGGUUCAUUACAUUAGCUAUUACUGGCAUUAAUUUCUGGAAAGAAAAGACACUGAUACAAGAAAAAUUGAAUGAACAUCGUAUCAACAAACAGCAAAAAUUAGAAGAAAGAAGACAACAAGAAGACGAAGAAAUGCGCAUGGCUGCCGGAUAUGCUCCUGGUGGUCGUCUUAGUGGAGGAUAUUACGAAGACGAAUACAAUGACAGUCAAAAACUUCAACAUGAAGGCUCUGCUUAUGCUGGAGAACAUCACUACCCAACCUCUGCUUCUCCUCCUCCUUCUGUACCUCAACAACACACAUCUCCCUUUGUUGACCCAACAAUGCACCACCAACCCCUUUACGAUGCUUCUUCACCUUAUAACCGUCAAUCUUACGUUGAUCCUGCUGGCUAUGAUCCUGCCUCUGUUGGUGGUCAUUUUACUGGAGAACCUGUUCCCACUUUUUCUCCUAUGCCAACACCACAACAUAUGCCACACCCAGAACCCACUUAUUAUAAUCACACCAACAACAACAGCUAUUAAAAGAAAUAGCCAUGUAUAUUUAUCUGAAUAUGAUUAUAUAUUUUAAUACAUAAUACCUUUUUUUUUUUUCUUGGCUGAGAACCUUUAACUGAAAUUCAAAUGUUUGUUACUUAUUCUCUUUCUCUUUCUCUUCUUUUUUUUUUUUUGGCUUUGCAUAUCUCGAAAGAAAAUAAAUGAAGUUU